AUGAUAAAGAAUUUCAUCUCGAAUUUUAACCUCCCCACCGGCUCUACAACAAAUCUCGCCGCAAGUCUUAAUAACAGCGACGAGCGCGUGAGUGACAUCACCGCAAACGACGAUAAGAGUAUCGAUAGCGGUCAUGAUUAUAACAAUAGUGUCCACAUUGAGAACUUUGCUGCAAGGAAUAAAAUUGUUCUCAAUGUCGGUGGUAUAAAGUACGAAACGUAUAGGUCAACAUUGACCUCGUAUCCAACCACGCUGCUCGGAUCAAUAUUCCGUUGUGAUGAUAAUCAGAACCCUUUUUUUGAUCCAGCUCACGAGAAUGAAUUCUUCAUAGACCGUGAUGCUACUACGCUAUCGCCAAACCAACUUUCACUUCGCCACAAAAUGAUCGCGUCGGAGAUCGAUUCGUUCAUAAAGACACUCACCGAUGCCCUACUCACGAUCUCCUCACAAUUUAAAAAAGAUUUCUUCUUCAGACGACAAUUCUUAAUUAGAUUAGACAUCACGUUUCAUCACAAUGAACGAGUAACAGAUUUUAAUAUAAUGCCAAGUAUUAAUAGCGCCUUGAAACAGCAGCUAAUGAAAAAUUUUGAGAGUUCCGCUGCGUUGGGUUACGCAAUCUUGGAUAGAUUUGGUGACGAGAUAGGCAGGAUUAGAGUCGGCGUGGAGAACAGCUUUGAAAAUGAGGAAGACAUAAUAGGCAAUUGCUGUUUGGCUGCCGUUGGCUCUGAAUCCGAACUCCUUAGUCCUGCCGACUCGAUAUUGAAGGAUUAA